CCAUUCCUCCUUAACAUGUAUGUUUUUCCAUUGCAGCGUGAGUGUAUUUCUGUUCACGUGGGGCAAGCUGGCGUGCAGAUGGGCAACACCUGCUGGGAGCUGUACUGCUUGGAGCACGGCAUCCAGCCCGAUGGCAGAAUGGCCGAGAAAAAGCAUGACGAGUCCUUCACCACCUUCUUCAGUGAGACCGGCGGUGGGAAGUACGUCCCAAGGGCCAUCUUCGUCGACCUGGAACCCACCGUGAUUGAUGAGGUGCGUACAGGAACCUACCGCCAGCUCUUCCACCCCGAGCAGCUCAUCUCUGGGAAAGAGGACGCAGCAAAUAACUACGCCCGCGGCCACUACACAAUCGGCAAGGAGAUCAUCGACUCUGUCCUGGACAGAAUCCGCAAACUGUCUGAUCAGUGCACAGGUCUCCAAGGAUUCCUGGUUUUCCAUUCCUUCGGCGGCGGUACCGGUUCUGGGUUCACUUCUCUCCUGAUGGAGCGGCUCUCUGUCGACUUUGGGAAGAAGUCCAAGCUUGAGUUUGCCAUCUACCCAGCGCCCCAGGUGUCCACAGCUGUAGUAGAGCCCUACAACUCCAUCCUGACCACCCACACCACCCUGGAACACUCGGACUGUGCCUUCAUGGUGGACAAUGAAGCCAUCUACGAUAUCUGCCGCAGGAACCUCGACAUCGAACGCCCAUCCUACACCAACCUCAACAGGCUCAUUAGCCAGAUCGUGUCCUCAAUCACCGCCUCACUUCGCUUCGAUGGUGCCCUGAACGUCGACCUGACGGAGUUCCAGACCAACUUGGUGCCCUACCCUCGUAUCCACUUCCCAUUGGCCACCUAUGCUCCAGUCAUCUCUGCGGAGAAGGCCUACCACGAGCAGCUCUCUGUGGCAGAGAUCACCAACGCCUGCUUUGAGCCAGCCAACCAGAUGGUGAAAUGUGAUCCUCGCCAUGGUAAAUACAUGGCCUGCUGUCUGCUGUACCGAGGUGACGUGGUGCCUAAAGACGUCAACUCCGCCAUCGCUGCCAUCAAGACCAAGAGAUCCAUCCAGUUUGUGGACUGGUGUCCCACAGGCUUCAAGGUUGGCAUCAACUACCAACCACCAACUGUGGUUCCAGGAGGAGAUCUGGCCAAGGUCCAGAGGGCCGUGUGCAUGCUGAGCAACACCACUGCCAUUGCUGAAGCCUGGGCUCGUCUCGACCACAAGUUUGACCUGAUGUACGCCAAGAGGGCCUUUGUCCACUGGUAUGUUGGGGAGGGCAUGGAGGAAGGAGAGUUCUCAGAGGCCAGAGAAGACAUGGCCGCUCUGGAGAAGGAUUAUGAAGAGGUGGGCAUUGACUCGUUUGAGGAGGAUGAGGAAGGAGAGGAAUAUUAGCAAGCUUAGAUAUGUCUUUAGUAGCUGUUGAAACAAAAUUAUAUCUUAUAACUAUCUUCGUUGAAUCUCAAGUAAAUGGGCGACUGGGUUUAAAAACAACUUUGAUUUUCUUCAUUAACUUUUGGUUUGGCAUGAAAUAUUUCUGAAAAUGCAGUCAAGGUGGUUUUGUUUCAGUUAUUGUACUUUUUUUUUUUUACAAGUUUUAUU